UUGCCAUGACUACAGUAUAUCAACUAAAACAUCCUGCAGUGCGACUGAGAUCUGACACAAAACUCAAAAUGUCUCAAGCUCAGGCCGAAAGCGUGAUUAGAAAUAUUAUUUGCGAGCUCGUUCAGCGCUGUGCUUCACACGGAAAUGAAGUGUCAGAGACGCUCGCUGCUUUUAUGAUUAAAGCGGUUGUACUGGAUCCAAGAAAUGGUUUUGACGUGGACCGCACACUGACCCCCCAUGACGUACAGAAGCUCACUGAGAUCUGUCUGCAGAGACUCACAGAGAGGUGUAGCCCAUUCCUGGAUACUGUGAAGAUGCAAGUGUAUUUUGAUCUCAAUUACACAACCCGCAAGGAGUUUGUAACAGAGAUCCAUCACGUGAUGGAGUCCAAGCUGAGUCCGUUGAGCCGAGAGAUCACAGACAGCCGAGUGCAGACACGCAAGGAGGCCGAGACUUUGUACCAGAAAAUCACUCACUACAUGCUGCUGCGCUCUGGCAUGGGCUCACCCAGUGACACCGACACUCUACACGAGACCACAGCGGCCCUUCAGAGUGUCUUCCCUCAGACAGAAUUGGGCUCCUUCAUGGCUCUGCUCAAAAGAGACAAAGAGCAGCAGCUGAAGGACCUGAGCAUGCUCGUAACGGGGGUCCGCCUCUUCAACCGCUCCAGCAUGACGAAGGAUCAGGUGGAGCUCAAUAUCCAAGACUUAGUGCCAGAGGUGCUGAGGGAGGUCCUUCCUGUGAGCUGCACAGCCCUGGAGCAGGAGCUGGAGGACUGUGAGAGACUGGUGUGGAGGUACACAUGUGCCCUGGAGGCCCUCACUGAGCCUGGGACCGCUGCACCAGCAGAGAUGGGGGUCUCUGUCGAGCUCCUCCGGCAAGCACUCUACAAUGUCCGCCAGCACCAAGCCUUCCUCAACAUGCUUAUGGCUGAUGUGAAGGCAACUGUCCAGAGGGUGGAGCUUCUGCAGAGCGAGCUCACAGCACAUUUUCAGGUGCUUAGAGACACGGUGCAGUCCAAGAGAGCUGUACCUGCUGCACAAGUCUUUCCCAUGUUCCGUUCUGUGUCGCGUCUCUGGAGUGGUCUGCAGGACGAGGCGGAGCUGCUUCACAUCUUUAGGAACCUGGCAUUGAGUCUCCGCCCAUUUGUUGCAUCCCAAGCCCAGAUCUUCUCUGAAAACAGCAUCGAUGGACUCCUGCAGGGGUCAGAGAUCAAGAGUGACGCAGAAAGGAGGCGCCUAUGUGAAGAAAAUCCCAUAGAACCUGCAGAGAUGAGUGGUCCGGACAUUGAAUGGUUAGUGCCUGAACACCCCAACGAUACAGAGCCUCAAAGUGUGCAGUACAGCGGCUUCUGUGGACACAUCCUGGUCUGUCGGGAUGGGCUGUUGUUGCCUGGUAAGCCACAACUGGGCCUUUUGAAAUACAAGGAGAAGUUGUAUGCGUUUAGCUCCAGGGACUCUGCGCUACAGUUUGCCUCAGCUCCAGAACACUACAUCUCAGAGGUGGCAGAGAGGGCCAAACGCAGCCCCGAGCUCAUCCAACUGCUGUGCCUUCACAGACAGUUCUCCUGUGUCACCCCAUACACAGAGCUGCAGUCUGGAGAGCAUCUCCUGGUACGGCCCAUCAACCGGAGCUCCAGCAGCACCCAGACCGAUACUCACCCGGUGGAGAGCUACAUGGAUCGUACAUACGAGUGGAACGAGUGGGCCCUGCGAAGGAAGGCACUUAAGCUUGCUGACCUUCGACGCAAACAGACUCACUCAACUCAGACCAAAUUGAGCCAUCUUAGGAGAGACAACUUCACCCAGACUUACACCUCCAAAGACGCCAUGGGACAGACCACACAGGACGGGGAGAGCAGCAUGCCCAGGCCGCUGGUGUACCUAUCUGAGCUGCGGGGUCAGAGGGGUCGGCCUAUGGUUAGAGUGGAGCUGACCAGAGCCUUGGAUGAAUGAGACCCAUUGCGUGUCCAAGAAAAUGAAACUAUACUAUGAAUAUCAGUUUGAGAACUAAUACAAUGCAAACAACUUGUACGUCAUUUUUGUAAUCAAGAAAAAUCAGUACAAUAAAAGCAAUAUUUCAUUUG